AUGAAUUCUGCAAAUGAAACCAAACUGCAGAAUCAAGAACCAGAAGACAUUGAAUUGGAAGCGGAAAACAUAACACAAGAAACACAACUUAAUACGGAAGAAAUGGAUAGUGAAAGUAAAAAAGAAAAAAUAUAUUCCCAAAAUCAACAAGCAAAAUUUGGAUACAUUAAGUAUGUUAGCCUAGGAAUACUUACAGUACAAAAUUCAGCAUUAGGGUUGAGCAUGAGAUAUGCACGAACUAGAAAUGGAGUAUUAUUUUCAGCUGCGGCAGCUGUUCUAAUGACAGAAAUUCUAAAACUAGCAAUUUGCAUAGUUUUGGUAAUCAAUGAAUCUGGUGGUAUUAGGAGAGGAUCCCAAGUUUUGUACAGUACUGUGAUAUUGAACAUUAAAGAUACUUUACGAGUUGGUGUGCCAUCAUUUCUGUAUGUUAUUCAAAAUAAUUUAUUGUAUGUUUCCGCUUCUAAUUUGGAUGCUGCAACAAAUCAGGUUACCUAUCAAUUGAAACUACUAACAACUGCUUUCUUUGCUGUGUUAGUUUUAAAAAAGAGAUUAAAACGGUGGCAAUGGGGAGCAUUAGGAUUACUUGUUAUUGGUGUUGCUUUGGUGCAGUUAACAUCUACAGAGGCAAAGAACAAAGCUAGUGAAUCUCAGUCUAAGGUGCUGGGUUUUUCAGCGGUUUUGGCAGCCUGUUUUAUUUCUGGUUUUGCAGGAAUAUAUUUUGAGAAAGUUUUAAAAGAAUCUGAUAUAUCUGUCUGGAUGAGAAAUGUCCAAUUAAGUUUAUUGUCAGUACCUAUCGGUAUCAUUACAUAUCUCAUAGAUAGUAAAGGGGCCAUAUUGGAGUUACUAAAGGGAUUUGAUGGUUUUGUGUGGUACCUAAUAAUACUGCAAGCAGCUGGAGGUUUGAUUGUAGCUGUUGUAGUAAAAUAUGCAGAUAAUAUAUUAAAAGGAUUUGCCACUUCAGUAGCUAUUAUUAUUUCAUGUAUUGCUUCUAUGUUUUUACUUAAUUUCCAUCUAACAAUACAAUUUGCUAUAGGUGCUUUGAUUGUCAUAAGUUCUAUAUUUUUAUAUGGCUAUGUUCCCAAAAAGAAAGAACCUCGGAACCCUCUAAGUGUAUAG